AAUCCAUAAAUAGUAAAUGCUCAAUAUAGCUCAAUUGGAUGAGCCAAGUUAAAUUCUAAAUUGUAAACACUGCAUAAUUCUGCAGUUGAUAAGGUUUUAUUAUAAGGAAGUGAAAUUACUUGUUUAUAAUCAGCAAAUAUAAUUAAUAAUUUAAUAAGAAAACCUAUUUGUUUUAACGUUUUAGUGAAAGGAAUAAUAAGCUACGCUGUCUUGUGGGAAUGUUGCUGUAAGAGAAUGAACGCUCUUCCAGUUUCUAAUUUGCGAACAAUAAAUAAACUUUAAUAUUAAAAUAUUGAAAUGAUUACGCUUUCUCAACGGCUAAAAAAACAAGAAAAACAUACCUCUAACAACAGGAUUUCCAUAAGAGACAAACUGAUAGUGGGCGAAUUACAGGAAAUGAUGCAGUUGUUACCAAGUCGUUGUAGGAUAGCUCAUCCAAACGUUAAUGACUUAAGUUCUUUUCAUCUGUUUGUUACCCCAAAUGAAGGAUUUUGGCUGGGUGGUUGUUUCAAGUUCUCUAUUGAUGUUCCCGAGGACUAUAAUAUGGUGCCUCCCGUUGUUAAAUGUCUUACAAGGUUGUGGCAUCCAAAUAUUAGUGAAACAGGGGAAGUUUGUUUGUCACUUUUGAGACAACAUAGUAUGGAUGGAUUAGGAUGGUCACCAACUAGAAAAUUGAAUGAUGUAGUGUGGGGAUUGCAUGCUUUGUUUACUGAUUUAUUAAAUUUUGAUGAUCCAUUAAACUUAGACGCUGCAAAGAUGUAUCACGGUAACAAAGAGGAAUUCCAAAAAGUAGUUAAGGAAUAUGUUACUUUGUACGCAAAAGAUGGAUUUUAACAAAUGCUUUUAAAAAAUGUAAACAGUUUUACCAUUUGAACUUAAGACUUAAAAUAUUAAUUAUUAAGAACCUGUUCUUUAAGAGAACUUUAUUGAAAAUACACAAAAUAAAUGUAUUCUGUUUUGAAUAACUAAAUUAAACAAAUAUAAAACAUCAA